CGCCAGACGGUCAACGGUAGCACUACACGCGACGAUGCAGCACAACCAUUCCCGCACCGCUACCUCUAGAUCUGGUGCGACGGCGACCCCAGGCCCCUCCAGAGCCGCAUCAGGCGCCCGCACCGCGACCGCAACCACGUGCAUGCAAGCGUCGGAUGUGCUCAGGCUCCCGCUCGCGCACUUGCCCGCCCAUAUCAGCCCGACGCUCCGCAUCGAUUGGGAGAACAGGAAGCUCGCUGUCGAGUUCGACUUCAGCGGGCAGCAGAGCGAUGCCGGUACCGUGCAAUGCGUGCAGAGCCUCUGCGGGAUCUCCGACGGGGCCGCCCACAGCCUGCUCGCGAGCGCGAACAGGAGCCAGGCCUGCUGUGCCGUAGAAGGCUGUCUCCGGCCGCGUCCUUGCAAGAUCCAUGCGGCCCGGCCCGCUCGCGAGUCCGCGCCGUCCCCGCAGCCUGCAGGGCGAGUCGCGGCCCCCCGCAUCGCCCCCCCAAUCCCGCGCCGGAAGGCAGCACGUAUCGUAGAUGCGAACGGGCCCUCCGGCGGGGCGACGCUCGACGACACGAACACCCUGCGCGCGUCGAACGGCGACGACGCCUCCCCAGCGAAAACGCGCACGGCCGCCGCGACCUUCGAGCCCGUCAUGAAGGCCGAGCCGACAGAUAAGAUCCCCGGGCGGCGGCUCCACCCCCAGCGGCGGCAGUUCAAGAUCCGCAACGAGAACAGGCACACGCGCUGGUACCGCACCACGCACGCGAAACCGAUCGACGGGCCCCCGGGACACCUGCUGAAGCCGCCCCGCGGCGCGCUCUACGUCCACCAGUACAAGGUGCCGCACGUCGGCUGGCAGAUCUGGAUGUUCGUCAAGUACGACGCGGAGACAACGGCGAGGGACGGCGAGAGCAGGAGGGCGAGUGUGCAAGACGGUGCCGCUGAAGCGAGCGUGAAUGGGAGCAGGGACACCGACGGGGUGCAGGGCAGAGAGCGGGAGCGGGAGCGGGGGUACGGUGGGGAGUGGGUGCGCGUGUAUCCUGGACAGCCGCAUCCGGAGUUGGAGGGGUACGUGCUGCAUAUGUUGGAUGGGGGCGAACCUCGGUGGGUGAAGGCGUUGUCGGCGAGGCAAUAUGCGAGCACUAGGGCGAAGAGGGUGCAGGUUGUUGAUGCAGCAGAAUAAAAUACGCGUGGCGGCGCGCACAAGCACACGGACCGUAGAGUACACAUCAUAAGUCUACCUGUACUUCCUGUGGUCAGUCCUGUGCCACUGGUUGGCCUUUUAAUAUGUUCGACGAAUCAUACACACA